AUGGAAACAUUUUUAGACAAUAAUUCACCUCCAAUAAGUAAUAAUGAAGAUUAUCAAGAUAUUCAACUUGCGGAAACUACAUUGGAAUCUAGUAAAGGAAGACUACCAGCUGAAACUCCAGCAACAAAGAUAAAUAAACUAGUAGAAGGAUUUAAGGUACCCGAAGGAGUUAAAAGACAAUUAGUGUUAGGAGAAGCGCUGCAUUUGCAGUUAAAAGAAAACGUACAACAACUGAAAACACAAACUGAAAAACAAAUUGCGGCUAAAAUAAUUAGUGGAAAAAUAUUGAGAAAAUAUAAUGCUGUAGGUGAUUUUUCAAACAUUCUUUCGUACACAAAUGUUGCGCAAGAUGGUCCAACAUCUCAAUAUAAAAACCGUUUUAAUAUUUUCUUUUUAAUUUCUAAGAUACCCAAAUAUUUUAAAAAUAUACAAGCAAUUAGCUGGAAUUAUAGCGCAAGCGGCCACGGCAAGGGUCCAAUGGACGGUGUCGGAGCUGCUUUAAAAAGAAAAGCAGACUGCUUAGUACUAUCUGGUACAGAUAUAUCGUCAGUAGAAUCUUUUAUCAAGAAUGUGCCACAAAACAGUUCUAUUGAAAUCUGGGAAGUCAGCAGUGAACUUAUAAAACCAUCAAAAAAAGAGAUGCCUAAAAAAUGUGUUGCUAUCCCUCAAAUAAUGUCCCAUCACCAAAUAACAUGGUCAAAGAAAAACUCAGGUUUAUUAUUCCUAAAUCAUACUAGCUGCUUUUCAUGCGAAACUGGAACUAAAUGUUUGCAUUUUAAUCAAAAACCUCCUUUGGUAUAA